AUGCCGCCCACCCUCAAACUCAACGCAGUUGCAUUCAUAUCCCCUCAGAACCAGCCUAUACUCAUCAGAACAUUUGUCAAGCAGGAUGAACACGCGAUAAAGUACCAUUACAUUGCACAUACCAGCUUGGAUGUUAUUGAGGAACGAGUUGCUGCUGCUGGCAAGUCUCCCGAGUGCUACCUAGGGCUCUUGUUCGCUCUCGAGGAUGUAGCGGUCUAUGGCUAUAUUACACCUCUCAAGGUAAAGAUCGUUAUUGCCUUGCCGUUGUCAGAUUCAGUUGUCCGUGACGCCGAGGUUACAAUGAUAUUCAAAGCUCUACAUAUGGCGUACUACUCCUCCAUAUCAAAUCCAUUCCUCAAGCUUCACUACUCAAUGGACGGAAGCACUGAGCAAUCACCACUUCUUGUUGUCGGGAGUCAUAAAUGGAAGAAUUUCAGACGUCGCGUUGACGAGAUCAGCUGGAUAGUGGGACAGACGCCGCCUUCAUCAUGA